CAAGGCAAGAAAUAAGAAGCUAUUGUCAUGGAUGCUGAUGCUACCUCUGCACUGCACAAGAAGGGGGUGUCUACAACAGAUGAUUCCUUCAAAUUCGUUUGGUUCAAGGACCAUGAAAGUGCGAUAAAGGCCAUAUACACUGGUUCUGAGUUUGUGGAAAAUGCGACUGCUGGCGAUGAUGUUGGUAUAGUUUUGGAAUCUACAAGUUUCUAUGCUGAGCAAGGUGGUCAGAUUUUUGAUAUCGGAUCUCUUGAUGGUCCCUUCGGUUCCUUCCAAGUAUGCAAUGUUCAAAUUUUUGGAGGUUUUGUACUUCAUAUUGGUUCUGUUUCUGGAGUUACUGGCAAAUUCUCCGUUGGUGAUAAAGUAACUUGUAAGGUUGACUAUGACAGACGGACAUUGAUUGCUCCUAACCAUACUUGCCCACAUAUGUUGAACUAUGCUCUUAGGAAAGUGCUUGGUAAUCAUGUUGACCAGAAGGGGUCUAUUGUUCUUCCUGAAAAAAUGAGGUUUGAUUUUUACCAUGAUCCAAACAGAGAUGGUGCCAUCAAUGCUGAUCAUUUGAGAAAAAUCGAGUCUAUUGUGAAUCAGCAAAUAAAACCUGAGUUAGAUGUAUAUUCAAAGGAGGUAACGCUUGCUGAAGCCAAGCGUAUCAACGGUUUGCGAGCCGUAUUUGGAGAAGUUUAUCCUAUUUAG